GGUCUGCAUGGAUAUACCCAGGAAUUCGUGUCCGAACUUUCCGAAGAACAAGAACGAGCCGUGCUUGCCAAGAGCAUAGAGGUUAUCACCAAAAUGAGCGGUAAACGGCCCCGUGGAUGGACUGCACCAGCAUGGGCAACAUCUGGCAACACAGUCCGACUUCUGGAGGAGCACGACCUUAUUUAUGACCACUCAUUUAUGCAUCAUGAUUGUCAGCCCUACUAUCUACCCAAUGCCCCAACGAAUAUCGAAACAAACGUCAGCAAACCAGCAGAGUCUUGGAUGACGCCCAUGUCGAAGCUUCAGCCACCUGGCAUUGUCGAAAUUUCGGCCAACUGGCACUUGGAUGACUGGCCUCCACUCAACUCCGGAAGACCUGGUACUGGAUUCCGUCGUCCUGCGGAACUGGAAAUCUCAGUUUGAUUUCUACUGCCGCGAAUACGACCCUUUUAUCUUCCCAAUCAGCAUCCACCCGCAAGUGUCGGGUAGACCCCAGGUUCAACUUUUGCACGAAAAGCUCAUUGAACACAUUAGCUCCCACGAAGGCGUUGAAUGGGUGACGUUUGAAGAGAUGGCGAGGUAGUUCAAGGAAGGAGAGAUUCAAGGUGCUAUGAUCAAAGGCGGCUGCUCAAUAAGGUAAGCGAGAUAGAGUGGAUAUCUCUUAAAGUCCGAAUAGUCCGCAUGGUUAGCCUGUACUCUUAAUCAUUCUGGUCAUAGAUUUCAUCAAUAGAAAUAGUCUUUUCUUGCA